UUGAGAAAGGUAGAGCCCUUCACAUUGUAGCCAGCGAGGUUCUACCGAGGGAGUUAGAUCAUAGAUCAUGUAUCGCUAUAAGAUAUCCCGCAAUUAGUAGAAGAGAAUUCAGCUUGAGUCCAAUUAGUCCAGCUUUAUCAGUACAAGUAGCUGGAGGAGUGUACCAAGGGAGGAGAAAUGAAAAGGAGGAGCAGUCCCGGCACGACAAGCACAAUAAAAAAGAUUGGAACAUGGGUUGUAAGAAGACUCGAACAAAGAAGAAUAAGGGAGUGGAUGCUCAACUUUCAUUUCCGAAGUGCCGAUCUAGUGCCUCCAAGGCUGUCAAUGAAGUUCAAACCUUAUGUGCUGUUGAGACUCUGCUCAUUAUGUUGUCCCUUGGUGGUAACCAAUCCUCUCUUUGUCAUCACUGUGUUGAUGCAAUCAUGAAAAGGCUUGCUGACCCUGGGAACUCAGAGUUUGAUACGCACAUGGCUGAACAUGAGGCCAUGCUGGGUAAUCUUAACAAGCAGUACUGUGAUAUCCUCAAACAAUUGGAAGCCCAAAAGCUGCGAGGAAAGGAACUUGAGGAGCUCGAGAAGGUAACCCAUGGCAAUUCUCUUUUGGAUGCACCAAUUGAUGACCUCAAUUUGCAGGAGCUGGAAAUACUACAGAAGUCCUUGGGAGAACUCAAGGAAAACUUAUUGAAGCAAAUUGAGAAGGUUUCAGUCCACACUGAAAAUCCUCCUUCAUCCUCUGCAAAUUUUGCUGGAGUCGUCAAUCCUUCUAUGACUAACCCAGCUGGAGGUUGUUCUUCUGCUGAUGUUGAUGACCAUGAUGAUGGCCAUGGACAUUAA